AUGGAUUUUAUAUCCACGAAUUCAAAUAAUUAUGAGAAUCCCGAUGAUUUAGUUGUUUCAAGUGAUCCAUUACAUCCCGCUAACCUUAUUCCUGAAUUAUGUAAAUUAUUUUAUAAUUUAGGUUGGGUGACUGGAACUGGAGGGGGAGUUUCCAUUCGAAAAGAUGAUUAUGUGUAUAUUGCCCCAUCAGGAGUUCAAAAAGAACGUAUGAAGCCUCAUGAUAUAUUCGUACUUCAUCUCUCCACGCGUAAAGUCAUACGCGCACCUCCGGUUUAUCAUCCAUCAGCCUGUACCCCAUUAUUCUAUAACACAUACACAAAGCGUAAUUCUGGUGCAUGCAUACACUCUCAUUCACAAAACGCUGUCAUGGUUACAUUACUUUACCCUGGAGAAACGUUUUCUAUUACACAUCAAGAAAUGAUUAAAGGGAUUAGACGAGGAGAUACAAAAGAGAAUUUAAGUUAUCAUGAUAUGUGUAUUGUACCAAUUGUUGAAAACACUGCGGAAGAGGAAGAUUUAACUGACAGUAUGGCAAAGGCGAUGGACAAAUAUCCUGAUACUAACGCCGUUCUUGUGAGACGUCAUGGUGUCUAUGUUUGGGGAGAAACUUGGGAAAAAGCAAAGGCAAUGGUAGAAUGUUAUGAUUAUUUAUUUGAGAUUGCAACAAAAAUGUUAAGAGCUGGAUUUGAUCCAGCGGAAGUACCGAUACGUUCUACUAAGAUCCGUCCAUUCAAA